AUGGCGGCGGCGCCGAAGCAGCCGGUCGACGAGGAGAAGGAGUCGGUCCCGUGUCCGGGCCUCGACGCCCUCUUCUACGGUCUCACCCUCGCCGUCUUCGCGGCCAGUUCCGUCGCAGAUCUGUUUGUUGUGAUUGAACAUUGGCUCAAUACGUACAAGUCAUGGGCAUUAUUCACAGUGGGUCUUGCUUUUGUGCCAUCGUGUUUCCUACAGUUAUUAAGUUUAAAGUGGUAUCAGGCUAGUGGCAAACUAAAGUACAAACAAUGGAUCUCGCACACCUUUCACCUAGCAAUUGCACACAGGUUCUGUUUUUUAUUGAAUCACGCCAUCAAGACCAUAAAGGUUCCAAUAAGUUCUCAACAAAGGGACUGGUUUUUUACAAUCGAAAAGGAUGCAUUUACGUUAAAUUUAUUUACCGCAAUGCUCGUGUACAUUCCUCAAAUAAUUUUUCAAGUUUAUGUCAUGGCUGUGCUACAACACAUUUCGUUUUGGACGAGUACAUCAGUCAUCACCUCAUUGUGCUCGUUAACGUGGGCUCUGACCUCGUACUCGUUGCUAACGAAUCGAGCCGUACAGGACGAGGCUCAGUUCACCUGGUCAUCCGUGAUGAUACAAGGCUUUUGGAGGGGUGGGAUGCUCACUUCCAGGAUUGCGGCUUUGGUCCUGGCCGCCAUAUAUCUCAAAACUUGGAUUUUCGUCAUAUUCGGGAUUCAUACAUUGGGAACGACUUUGUCAGUGAUACAACAAACAACAAAGUCGUGUUUGUCAACCGUCGACGAACUAGUCUACAAGUGCCUCAUAGGGGCCGUUUACUUUUUUGAUUUUCUCAAGCUGUUGGAAAACCAAGUGAAAUACCAUGUGUAUCUUUUCUACGCGAUAAUGAUAGCUGAAAACGCAGUGUUUUAUGUACUUUAUCUGGUGUACUUCAAGAAUCAUUACCACACGAACGUCUUCAUUGUUUCAAGCGUGAUGAUCCUUGGCGGUAGUUUUAUUGGCGCUGUCAGUAUGAUCAUGCACUUUUGUAUGUUUCCCAACAUCAAAACUAUAAAACUUUGUAAACGCAUCCACUUCAUUCCCGAGGCGAUACUAAAAAAAUCCUCGGCCAAGAGUAUUGGGAAAACUUCUCCUAACAAAAAGUGGAACAAUCAACCUGUAACGGAUGAGCCUACGGGCAGAAUAAACCCGGAUAGUUCUGCCGACAAAAAAUCUCUUUUGACCGACAUCGCGCAAAAUGCUGAAUUAAUGGAAAAGGGAAUCGUGAAUUCCAGCUUUUGUAAAAGCGAUGAGGCAAAUGUUACAGUCGAAGUGGUCGUGGAAGAAAGUCAGGUCACCAACGUCGAAGUUACGGUCCAACAGUUUCAAAAUCAGGCUGUUUUAGAGAACGAAAUAAACGAUAGUAUUUGCCAUAUAGACGUAUCAGUAGAAAAAAUGGAUCAUGUGAGUUUAAAUAAAUGCAAUAUGGAUGUGGAUCCCCAAUUAUGUUCACAAAAACGUCGAGGUAUCUGUUCGCUGACUCAGUUGGGGCUACAACUCAUCACAGAUGAGGAUAAUUACGUAGAAAAAAGUUUCUCUUUGGACAAACUCAAAUCUAAUUCCGAAGUUUCAAUUAACGUUGAAGAUAAAAGCAUCGAAAGUAUGAUCAUCGAAUCUUUACCCAUCAAAAGUUUGGCAAACGAGAAUUGUGAAACAAUGGCACCUGAUGGUAUAUUAGCGCGUUGUCGGCUUCACACACCUGUGAUUUCAGAAAAUGGCGAAAAAAACUUAACCAACGCGGUAUGUAACCAUCACCCAUAA